UUAGGCCCUGUAAAUCAGCCUUUUGGCAUUUUCUUGCAGCUUUUAAAGCAAUUAAACAAGAAACUUGAGAAGACUAAUCCGCAAUUUGGAGCCAGUUCCACCUGAUAUGUAUAUUAUCAAAUGUAGGAGAUAGGGGGGAAACCGGAGAGAUUUGUGGGGCUAAUGUCUAGCACAUCUGAGGCCAUUCAAUUGGUUAAUUACUGAUAAUGAUGAUAAAUGAUGUUUAUUGUAAGAUUAUGAGAGCAAAAUUGUAGCCAGCUAGGAAGAUGGAGUUAGUAUAUCCAGCUUAGGGGAUGUGAUAAAAAGUUGAUCCGAGUUUGCCAGCAGCUAAUUACACAUCACCAGGAAAUUUUCUGCUGGGCUGAUGAGAAGACAGACUGACAUGUCCAAGAGUCAACCAGGGAAUUGAAACUAACAAGAAAUUGCAGGAUGCAGUUGUCACCAUGGAAACGUCACUUCGGCUUUGAAGGUUUGAUGCGUCUCCAGAGAAACCACAGAAGAAAUAGUUCCUAAUCGCUACAAAUGGAGAAGCAUCUGAUACCAUGGAGAUGUUUCACUACCAUUUAUGGUGAAGGCUUAUUAUUGGAUUAUGCGAACACCGAAAGAAAAGUUUGCUUCAGUUAGGUGAUAUAUGGAUCUUGAUGUGUUUGUGAUCUGAUACUGUUUGUUACAAUGCUUGGGUUUGGAUGAUGCCACUUAAAGUGUACUAGCCAUGGUACUAAAAGUGCGCAGAAGAUCAUGGCGGAUUUUGAUUGUGACAGUGUCGCUGAUGACAGUGGGAUUUUUGUGUGUUUUAAAUUUGCUGGUUCAUGAAUUGAAUUUUUCCGAAAAGAUUGUGAAUAGAAAGAGUGAAAAUGAAUUCAUUCUCGAAGACCCACAAACCUAUAUUGCACAAGGAAUUAGAAAACCUCAAUCAGCCAUUGAUAAAAGUGACCAAGAUAAUGUAAAUUUAGACCAGGGUUCAUAUAGAAAGUAUAUUUUUACAUCCCACAACAACAUUCCAAAUGACAUUGAUCCAGAUAUUGGACCAGAUGAAAGUGAUGAAGAAUACACAAAUGGUGAAUUAAUGGAAGAUGAUGACGAUGAUAAUGAUGAUGAAAAGGACAACACAGAUGAUGAAUUCCAUGAAAAUCUUAAAAUUAGUCCUCAGCUGAAAAAACAGAGGAUAUUUGAACCUCACGAUUUCCAGAAUAUGUCCAAGUUAAUAUUUGCGAAACCACCUUUGCGAUUCCAAGAAGUUCCUAUAAUUAAUGGAAAACAAAUGGUUGGAGUAAUAGCAGAAUCUGAUAGGAGGAAAUUCUCUGGAAAGCUUGCCGUGUCUGAGAGGAUCUUCUGGAGUGCAUUUGUAGAGAAAAUGGUGCCCAAAGGUUUCUCAGAUGAAGAAGUGUUCAACUAUACCAUAAAUAUACAAUCUCAAUCUGUGGACAAAGUGGAGCUGGCCUCUUGGAACAAGUGUGGACGACCCAAGAAUGCUUACAUCACGCUGAAGAACAAGAAUAUUGUGUGUGCUCGCUAUAGAGACUCCCACGUCAGGUUCAUUCUGGGUGAGGUCUUGUCCUUCUAUCUGUCUCGUUUGUUGGGGAUGGAUAAUGUCCCUGCUGUGGUCUUAUCCACCACCGUUGCUGGUCAGUGGUCAAAACGUAAUCUGGACAGACUGAACUGGAAGGAGAAUCAGCUGGUGGCUCUGAUACAGUGGAUCCCAAACAUGGACACAUAUAGCUCUUAUGUCAAAAUUCCCAAGAGGAUCCUAAAGGCCUACCAGAGUGGACAGCCGAUUCGUGGUGUCCAUCUUGAGAAUGCCACUUUGCAGGAGGUGGUAGAAUUACAGCAGUGGGGCAGCUUGUUCCUGUUUGAUUACCUGACUGGGAACUAUGACAGAGUUGCAAGUAUGCAGGAUGCAGCAUAUGAGCAGAAGAAACCAAGCAUAAUUACAGAGAGAAUUAGAAAUCUAUUCAAAUCUACCAAAACCAACAAGUUCUGGUUGAUUGACAAUGAAAGCGGUCUUCUGGAUGCAUACGACUUAAUGUACCACAAGGAAUUAGGAGGCAGUAGGUUCAUCAAUUUUCAUCAACAGAUGUUAAAGACUUUUUGCAUCUUCCAGAAAACUACAGUGACUGCUAUUCAAAGACUUCUUAAGGAGGAUGAACCUCACUUUUAUUUAUAUAACUACGCCAUGUCCCAUGAUCCCGUUCUGCAGAAAGUGCUGCCCAAUUACAAGUCAAAUUUGAUUCAAAAAUGGUUCCAAAUGUGGUUCCAAAGAAGACUUGCUGAGGUUUAUAAAUGGAUAAACCACUGUGCCAGCUGACACAUGUGAUCAGCAAUACCAUUUUCAAAUCUGUGAUAAAACUCUAAAGACAAACCAAAGUACAUCACUCAGGCAAAGUUAGUGUUCAUUGUACAAUCAGUACAGCUCUGUCCUAAAGUAGUCUCUGUGUUUUUUCCAAGUACUGGAUGAAAAUAUUUCUGUCCUUGUUUAUUUUUUUUUUUGAAGAAAGAAUGCAUAAAUGUAUUUAAGUGUUAUGAUGGUAUGUGAAUUUUUGCUUUGUUUUAGUGUUGCCAUUUUGUUGAGAUAUUUUUUAAUUAUAUAAGUGCUGUCAUAAAUAUAUGUAUUUUGAAGGGGAAUAUUUCGUUACAGUUGAUCAUGUACACAAUAGAAACAUCUAAUAUUUCAAAUAGGAUCAAAUUUGGGGGAAAAAACUUCACUUGUAAGUCAUGUACACAUACUUAAUUCCAGUAACUAUCAUCCAAAUCAUAAACUGCGUGCAUUACGAAUUCCAGCCACCAGUAUUUUAUGGUAUUUUUAAUUUCAAGUAUUUGUAUUAUUAUAUUAAGUCAAUGUGAUUUGGUUCAUAUAUUGUGUUAUCUUUUGUCCAAAUUUUAGAAUUAUUUUCAACACUUGAAAUUUACACCAUCAUAUGAGAACCUACCAUGUUAAGCCAAUGGAGUAUAUGGAAGUUGCACAAUAAAUUGGGCAUGCAGAGUAACCAUUGAAUUGCCAUUUUAAUAGACAAUUCUAAUCACUUUUUCGGUCAUGAUGGGUCACAGAAAUUUCAAUUGCUGAUUAUUUGAGCCUUAAUAUAGGGAUUCUUUUGUAAAGAGUCAAUAAUUGAAGCAGAAGGUUCAUAAAGAUUAAAAAAACCCACUUAUUUUACACAUUCUACUGGUAAUACCCUUAAAUUUUGGAACCAUGCCUAUACCUAUCAGUAGUUCACCUGGCCAUAUCAUGUCAACAAUUCGAGUCUGGACAAUAAAUACCUGCAAUUGUUUGUAAUAUAUACUUGUGAAUCUCUCAAAUAUUUAAUUUCUAGACAUCCAUUAAAUACUUUAUCAUAUGAAGUGUAAUUGUACCAUAUUGAUACAAUGUGUUUGAAUGUAUUGUAUCGAAAGCCAUAAAUGUGUCUCUGUGUAUCAAUAAGGGUCACCUGCAUUUUAAAGAAACCGGCAAUACAUGUACUGUAAGUUUUCAAAGGCAAUCCAUUAUAUGGUGCUACUUUAUUUAGUCUUAUAACAAAUUUUUUACAGUUCAAAAAAGUGCUUAUAAAUCCACUUAUUUAUUUUAAAGCUAUUGU